CAACUUCAGCCUUGCCAGCAGAAGAAUUGGUCAUUUGGAUUUAAAGUUUUGUGCAGUCCUAUAUAAUGUAUAUGUGUUGGGAAAGCAGCUAUGUAGUCCAGUGUGUCCAUUCCUUUUCCUGCUCAUUGUCCUGGCCGCAGUCAGCGCUAUAUAGCUGGCAGUCCUUUCUCACUGGCACUGUAUUGCGCUUACUAACCAAGGGAAGGGCAAAUACCAUUUCAAAGAUGACAGCUAUCGUUGUCUCCGCCUCCUCCUUUAGACGUGCCCUGUGCUCUGCCUCUUCCCGGAUCUCACGUAGCUUCCUGUUGAAGACGUGGCUCCGGUACUGCCAUAUUGUGCGGAGGACCGUCGGAGGCGAUCAGCAGGAUAGUCCAAGUACCCGGUUUUAUCUUCCGCCACCAUGGUGCUGCUAGCUGCUGCGGUCUGUACAAAGGCUGGUAAAGCCAUAGUGUCCCGACAGUUUGUGGAGAUGACCCGCACCCGCAUUGAAGGACUCUUGGCUGCUUUCCCCAAAUUAAUGAACACCGGAAAACAGCACACCUUUGUGGAAACAGAGAGCGUGCGCUAUGUAUAUCAGCCCAUGGAAAAACUCUACAUGGUUCUCAUUACCACCAAGAACAGCAAUAUCCUGGAGGACCUUGAGACACUCCGACUCUUCUCUAGAGUGAUACCAGAGUACUGUCGAGCUUUGGAGGAAACCGAGAUCUCUGAUCACUGUUUUGAUCUUAUAUUUGCAUUUGAUGAAAUUGUGGCUCUGGGAUAUAGAGAAAAUGUUAACCUGGCUCAAAUCAGAACAUUCACAGAAAUGGACUCACACGAAGAAAAGGUCUUCAGAGCAGUCAGAGAGACCCAGGAACGUGAGGCCAAGGCAGAGAUGAGACGCAAAGCAAAAGAAUUGCAACAGGCAAGAAGAGAUGCAGAGCGUCAGGGAAAGAAGGCUCCAGGCUUUGGAGGUUUUGGAAGUUCUGGCAGUUCCUCUAUAUCUAGUAAUGCUGCAGCAUUAAUCACAGAGAACAUCUUGGAACCAGAGAAAACAAAGUCUGCUCCUGUACCACCCAGGCCUUCUGGUACUAACAAAGCCUUAAAACUUGGGGCCAAAGGAAAAGAAGUUGAUAACUUUGUGGACAAACUGAAAUCUGAAGGAGAAACCAUUGCUACUCCAGCUGCUGGCAAAAGACAAUCAGAAGCUGCAAAGGUCCUGCCUCCACCUAUCAAUGUUGAGAGUGUUCACUUGAAGAUUGAAGAGAAAAUAUCCCUAACCUGUAGCCGGGAUGGAGGUCUGCAGAAUAUGGAAGUCCAUGGCCUUAUAAUGCUUAGAGUGUCCGAUGAUACGUUUGGAAGAAUUCGUGUGCACGUUGAGAAUGAGGACAAGAAGGGUGUACAGCUGCAGUUAAUUGUUGGCCUUCAGAAAGUGGAAAUGGCUGUGAUGUAAAUAUAGAGUAUGAACUACAGGAAGACAAACUGGAGCUGAAUGAUGUGGUUAUUACUAUCCCUUUGCCGUCUGGAGUAGGGGCUCCAGUGAUCGGAGACAUUGAUGGAGACUACCACCAUGACUGUCGAAGAAAUACACUUGAGUGGACUCUGCCUGUUAUUGACUCCAAAAAUAAGACUGGAAGUCUCGAGUUUAGCAUUGCUGGCCAUCCAAAUGAUUUUUUUCCAGUGACCGUGUCCUUUGUAUCCAAGAAGAACUACUGCAACCUUCAGGUGACCAAAGUGACUCAGGUGGACAGCAACAGCCCUGUGAGGUAUUCUACCGAGACCUCCUUUGUUGUGGACAAAUAUGAAAUCCUGUAAUCACCUCACCAUGAGGGUUUAUCGUGGAAAUAUUUUUCUUUAAAAUUUCUGAGUAGAAGCAUCUAAAAGGGUUUUCUCUAUGCCUUGCACUUUUGAGGCGGGGACAGAAUAUCCAGAUAAAUACUAUCUUGCAGAUCUUAUUCAAUCCUUCCGUGGAAAGAGGAGCCAGAUUUUGUUCCAUGUACUAUUUUUAUUUCCUAUUUGCAAAAGUGGCAAUGCAUUGAAAUUGCCCUGCAGGAAAAGUGUUCCUGUGCUCUUCCCAAUAUUGAAGGAUAAUUCUAUUUCAAAGCAUAAUAAGAAUAAUUUAUAUAUCUGUCCUGUAAGUAACUUGUUUUUUUUUUUUUCAUUAUCUGAAAUAUUCAAAUUUUUAUGAUUUUUUUUUUU